UCACAGACGCAAAUCCAGAAAUGGAUCACUGAGCUCUACAAAAGUGGGGAAAUAAGGAAACAAUGACACUUGCCGAUGGGACUGUGGCACUACGGGGUUCCCGGGACACCCGAGGGCUCGCAAAGAGGGCGGUGUCGGCGGCGCCCCCUCAGCGCUUCCCGCGCUUUUUCGCCUCCCUCAGGACCUCCCCCCGCCCCUCGGCACUGCGCACGCGCGGCCGCGCGAGCCGCCGCCGCCGCUUCCCUCAGGCCCGGGUCCCGCCAUGUCGGACCGGCUGGCCAAGCCCUCCUGCCUCAUCGUCGCCAGCGCCGCCGCCGCGGGUGUUUCAGCCCAGUCGUUCCUUCACUGCUUUACUCUGGCCAGCUCUGCCUUUAACCUGCAAGUGGCAACUCCUGGGGGGAAGUCCAUCGAUUUUGUGGAUGUGAACGAGGGCAACACGCGCUGGAUCCAGGACUUCCGCAUGAAAUCCUACGCCAGCCCCGCCAAGCUGGAGUCCAUUGAUGGGGCUCGGUACCACGCCCUGCUGAUCCCAAACUGCCCCGGGGCCGUGACUGACCUGGCCAACAGCGGAUACCUGGCCAAGAUCCUGCAGCACUUCAGCACUGAGAGCAAGCCCAUCUGUGCUGUGGGACAGGGAGUGGCAGCUUUGUGUUGUGCCACCAAUGAGGAUAAAUCCUGGGUUUUCCAGGGAUACAGCCUGACAGGACCCUCUGUGUACGAGCUGGUGAGGCAGCCGAACUUUGCCAGUUUGUCCAUUAUCGUGGAGGAUUUUGUGAAGGAUUCUGGAGCUACAUUCAGUGCCAGCAGCCCAGAUGCUGUCCAUGUGGUGCUGGACAGGCACCUGGUGACAGGACAGAAUGAGAAUUCCACCCUUCCUGCUGUCCAGAACCUUCUGAUUCUUUGCAAUGUCAGCAGGAAGUGAAGGAGAAGGUCUGUUUGCAAAGAGGAUGGAUGAAGGCCCGGCAGGCUGAGGAUUUCCAUGGCUGUGACCUGGAUAAAACAUCCUUCUGAACCCCUGUCCUGGACUCUGAAGUGACUGUGGCAGUGUCAGGUUCUGUGUGGAUGGAAUGGAUGAAGGUUGUCAGAAGCAGCUGGGACACCCCCUUACAUUUUUGUUGCUCCAUUUUCUCAGCGCUUCUCUAGACCCUCAGUUUACAGAUGUGGGGAACCAAAAGUUGGUGCUGUGAAUACAAACUGCUGAAGCUGAAGCCCUUGCUCUGGGUUGGCAUUGUACUGGUGCACAGCGUGCCAUUGUUUUCUUCCUGUUCACAUUGCUGGAAUCGUGUUGAAAAAGAUUGCUCAGCUUUUUUUUAUUAACAUGGUCCUACAAUUGUUUAUUUGUUCUCCUUUGUGCUGCUUAUGUUGUGGGUUUUGUUCUCUUGGAAAUACUCCUCUCUGGAAGCCAACUGCUGCUGUCUCUUGCUGGAAUUUUGUGGACUAGGGCACUGAAAAGUGCAGGUGGCUGAUGUGGCUCCCAUCUGAGGGACCAGCUGUAGGGUGAGGUCUGGACUCCUCCUCCCUUCUGAGCUGCAGGUGUUGAAGCUGAGCACAGAAAGGAAUAAUCAGACUGAGAUUUUUUUUUAAUUGUUGCAGGCUCAAAACACACCAAAUAUAUUGGAAAGAAGAUAAAUUAACUUUCAGAUAAUUGAUUUUCCUUCCCUCUUGGAAUUGUGGGCAAGGCUUCUCCAAUGGUCUAAAAAAAAGGGGUUGCAUUUUUGUUUUCUUACCAGGAUAUUACAAUAUUUUGGUUCUAACAAGUCAUCAAGUAGGGAGGUUUUGUCUUUUCUGUGGAAAUCCUUUUUUUUUAGCUCUGUCUCAAAAAUUCAGUGUGAUUUUAAAAGACAGACUGCUGUGAGUUCUGCUGGAUCUUCUGCUGUGGCACUCUGGAGCCCAGCUUACUGAUCUUUGGCACUGAUGGAAAUUAAAACCAGAAUUUGAGGUGAAAAUUGGGCUUUGAUAGAAAUUAAAUUAUCAAUCAGCUUUGGUAAUUUAAAUCUUCAUUCCUGAGAAGCAUCUUGGGGAUUUGAUGUUGACACCAUCAGGGAAUACUUUCAGUCUGGAAAGCCACAUCUUGUUUGUGAAGUGGGAGACUGCAUUUCCUUAGGGACUGUGUUUCCAUGGGAUUUUUCCAAAAUUGCUACAUCUUUCACUGCUUUCCUGUAAAAAUAGAAUAUUGGUGUCUA